AUGGCGGCCAAGGAUAUUCCCGAGGCCACCUUCAUUGAGGAUAUCGAUGCUUUCAUGGUCACUCAAAAUGGGGCUAGCCCAGAUGCCAUCAUGCAAGACUUUGCCACGUUGAACCAGAAAUACAGUAUGAUUGAGAGCCAGAUUGCUGGCCGUCGUGCAGCCCACAUGAAGCGCCUGCCGGAGAUGAAAAAGACCUUCGAGGCCGUCAAGAUGCUGCAGAAGCAACGCUGGUUCCGGCGGGAUGGUGUCUGCAACGUCGAGCUCACUCUUGGUGCAAUUGCGCAGGACGAAGAGGCCAAGCGUGAAACCAUCUUUCCUCUGGCCGAGGGCGUUUUGGCGCGUGCCACCGUACCACCCAGUGGCACCGUUAUGCUCUGGCUGGGCGCUCAAGUGAUGCUCGAGUAUGAGAUCGACGAGGCCCAUGACCUCCUAAAGGCCCAAGUGGAGGGCCUUGAGUCUUCGAUCGCCACCGCUGCAGACACCCUCGACUUUCUCAAGAACCAAAUUACCACCGUUCAGGUGAAUCUCGCCCGGUUAUAUAACUGGCAAGUCAUCAAGAACCGAGAAAAGAAGGCCAGCGCUGCUACCGCUUCAGAUGACGCAUAA